AUGAACUUUCCAUUCUGCAACAAUAAUCGAUGGCUAGAAACAGAUAUUGCAGACGUAGCAAAUGGUUUAGACGAGAUCGACCCAAUACUUUCAUAUGAUCCCUUAGAUCCAAUGCAAGUUCAAGCUGUUUAUAAAGACUUGAAAGAUGAAGCUGAUUACUUGGUACAAUCAAUCCACGGAAAUACAAAACAUCUGGAAAUAAAAUUAGUAUAUUAUUUAGAUAGAUAUGAUCAAACUUUGAAUCCGUAUGAUCAUAAAACCAUCAUUAAAAAAAGAAAAUGUGGAGAUGGUGAUCAAAGUGUAUCGCGUUCAAAUG